ACGUUGGCCCGGAAAGGCGAAGCGCGCGAGCCUUUUUCUGCUGUGCGGGUUUUCCGGGGCUGCUGCUGCUGCUGCUGCUGAGAAUAUUUGCUGGGUUUGGCGUUGCAAGAGAGGGAAAAAAGGGAUCGGGGGGUCCUGGUUCUCCAUGCAAAAGCCCCAUUGGCAAGCACCAUGCACAGGAGACUUCUCCAGGAAAUUCCAGAUUCGGGCAGCAAUGUCAACACGGACUUCAUAUGGGGAUGGCAUUCCAACAAGACGUCAGAGCUGCUGUCCGUCAUGGGAGUCUCUGUCCUUAAGGAUAAACUGGGCAAUGAGAACACCCCCCAAGAGCUGCUGAUGUGUGUGAGUCCACCCCAAAAACGGCAGAAAGUGAAGGAGGCAGAAUUCGUGAUUGUCCGCCGACCCAGGCGGCUCCUGGAGGUAGCGGCAGGAGUUUCUUGGGAUGCUUUGCCUGAUGAACUCUUGCUUGGAAUCUUCUCAUAUCUCUCCUUGAUUGAUCUAUUAAAGGUUUCCCUAGUUUGCCAGCGGUGGCACCGACUUUCGCUCGAUGAGUCACUUUGGCAGACUCUCGAUCUUGCAGGUAGAAACCUAUUGCCAGGUGUGAUCGGUCAUUUGCUGCCACUAGGAAUAACUGCCUUCCGUUGUCCAAGAUCUUGCAUUGGGAACCCUUCAUUUAAAACAAACAGACUCCUUCGGGUACAGCACAUGGAUUUAUCCAACUGCACAAUAAAAGUUGCCGAUCUCCAAAGCAUCCUUAGCAGGUGUUGGAGCCUACAGAACCUCAGUUUGGAAGGGCUUGUGCUCUCUGACAACAUAAUGGAAAGUAUAGCACAGAACUCCAGCUUGGUACGACUAAACCUCUCUGGAUGUUCUGGAUUUUCUGCAGAAACCUUGGAGGCAAUGUUGAACAGCUGUCCCAGUCUAGAAGAACUGAAUUUGUCCUGGUGUGACUUCACAGUCGAUCAUGUGAAAGCAGCUGUCAGCCAUAUUCCUUCAAAAGUAACACAGCUAAAUCUUAGUGGAUACAGACAGAAUCUUCUGAUGUCAGAUGUUAAAACAUUAACGGAGCAGUGUCCAAAUUUGGUCCAUUUAGAUUUAAGUGACAGUGUUAUGUUGAAGCCUGACUGCUUUCAGUACUUCCAGCAGCUCACACAUCUUGAGCACUUGAGUCUCAGUCGAUGCUAUCAGAUAUCACCAGCGGCCUUACUGGAAUUUGGUGAACUAGCUACGCUCAAAACGCUCCAAGUUUUUGGAAUAGUGACUGCUGGCUUCCUACAACUUUUAAAAGCAACAUUUCCUCGUUUAAGAAUCAACUCCUCUCAUUUUACACCAGUUGCAAGACCCACCGUCGGCUGCAAGAAAAAUGAACAAAUUUGGGGCAUUCAUUGUAGACUGAGCUUGAAAAGCCCAGCUGGCUUUUAACAUGACUUGAAAAACAUUUUCCACUACUAGCAACAGUUGUGAUGCUAAACCUGGACUUCUUCAAAAUUGGGUUUUAAACCUCAUAAUAUGCAGUCUACAACUGCUGCAACUGACUUGAUUUAUAGACAUGUACCAUCAGGUGGCUUUACUAUUUGUUUUUUAAAUGUAUUUUUGCUAUUUUAACUCAAGGUUAUCCAUGACUGGCUAAUCAUGUACAAAGUGCUGGUGUUCAAGCAACUUGCAUUACCGGUCUCUGGAAACAUGAUUUUAAAAGAUAUACUAAGCAGAUUUAGAUAUUUUCAUUUACAUAGUUGAGUGAUUCCUCUGAGGCUGUAUCACUGGCGACAUACAAGUAUACCUGUCUUCAGAGGCUCUCCUUUUUUGUGGGGUUGAGAUGGAAUAUGAAAAUAGUGUAGAGAUUUGUCACUUUUCCUUGUAACAGCAGCUUGUCAAUAUGGAAAGACAGCAACCUCUUGUGUCCUGGAAAGAGCAUCCUUUUCAGAAUCUUCAAUAUACUUUCCUUGCCUCCUAGAAUAAUUGACCAGAGGCGGGGGGAUACACCUGCCUAAACUGCUUCUAAGGUGGAAAGAUAAAUAUAUGAAAUGGGAAUGGGUGCCUCUGGCUAAGCCCAAGUUUCUUCCUCUACAUAGGAAAAAUAAUCUUGGGAAAGAUAGUUGUUUAGAAAGUCUCAGUAAUCAUAAAGACUAGAAUACAGGAGUCACUUCAUUACUGGAUAGCUCUAGAACAGUGGUUCUCAACCCGUGGGUCCCCAGAUGUUUUAGCUUUCAACUCUGAAAAUUCCUAAUAGCUGAUAAACUGGCUGGAAUUUCUGGGAGUUGUAGGCCAGAACACCUAGGAACCCGCAGGUUGAGAACCACUGCUCUAGAAGGUAUUUAUCAGUGUGUUCCAUUACUAUUUUCCCUCCGCAGGAACCUAACAUCAUAAUUCAAAGUUCAGAGGGUAUGGAAAAUAAAGUCCAUCUGAUUCCAAUCAUUUGCUCACAGAAAUACAUAUAUUUAUUUACUCAGUCUACAACCUCUAUAUAAGUUAUGAGGAUAAGAAUUUCUGGCACAUAGGUUUCCUGAACUUUUAGGGCUUCCUAUGUUAGGUCUGAAAGACUUUUAUACCUAAUUGGUAGCACACUGAAAUGAAUCAGAUUGAAACUAAUAGUAGUUACAGAUGUCUCAAAACAAUUCAUUAGCUUAAGAUGAGGUCUAACAUUCCUACCCCUCCAUGCAGUCACCCUGAGGGAUGGGAGUUUUGCUAUUGAAGACAGGUUGGACAAUGAUGGUCAACUUAAAUAUCCACUUGAAACUUCUGGAUUUGGUGCAAGAUGGAACAAAGGGUAGUCUGUUUGCAAUGUCUGCUACACUAUUAUUUAGAAUCUAAGCAGGGUUCAACAAUGUCAUUUUCAUUUUGCUGUUACCUAAGGAAGGAAAUCUCCACAGCUCACCCAUUCUCCUUUACUUCAAGCUACUACAAAGUUCCGUAUAAAAGACUGCCAAAUCAGACUAGAUGGCUGAGUAGGAAGGAAUAUAAUGGAAGUGAGCAAUCUUAGCAGGUUAAAAAAAGAACAAAGGUUUUAUUUUGUCAUAGGUAUUUUUACAGUUUGACUAUUUUAAUUUUUAAUAAAAUGACUGAUUAUAUACA